AAAGUGGGUGGGGAUGUGAAAGUCAAAUUGUGCAUACUCUUAGAAGUGAAGCUAUUUUGCUAAACAGGAGGCAACCUGUCCCACCAUCUCCUGAAUUCUUCUUAAAGAAAAGUACAACUUAGGUGUCGGUUGAGUUUUGUUUGGUUCAACGGACUCCUGCUUUCAGAGUCAUUUGUAGAUGAAUUAAAUGCAAAACGAUGGCAUUGAAGAGAAACAGUCAGGAGGAACAGAACCGCCUGAGUUUGCUCUUUCACGCCUACGAUGUGGACAACUCGGGACGGAUUGAAAAGAGUGAAUUCUCUGCCAUAUGUCGAGAUCUUUGUGUCCCCUCCCAAGAGGCAGAGGGCAUUUUCAACCGGCUGGACACUGACAAAGACGGCACGGUGACUUUGGAAGAGCUCCUCGAUGGCUUCACAGAGCGGCACAAGAAGAACACAGAUGAUGAUGGGGAUAAAGAGGAAGAUGAGAACCUGCCAGCUGUGGAAGAAUUUUCCAUCACCAAAGAACAGGUUAUAAGCAGCCAGCCGGCCAUCAGAGGGAUGAGCUCGGGGGAGCAGGACCGGCUGCGCACGCUCUUCCGCGCCUACGACGUGGACAACUCCGGGCGCAUCGAGAGGAACGAGUUCCUCACCAUCUGCUCGGAGCUACAGGUGUCUGCGGAUGAGGCCGGCAGGAUCUUUGAGCGGCUGGACGUGGACCAGGACGGAACAGUCAACCUGGAGGAGUUCAUCCACGGCUUCCACGACCGUUACGCAGAGGAGAUGGACGUUGACGGGGGAGAGGUGUCCAUAGCGUGGGAGAACUUCGAGCUGAAGCUGGGCGAGCAGGCAAAGUACAUCCCCAGGCAUGAACAAGCAGCGACUUUGUACCAAAACAUCAGCCUGACUGAGCCCAGGUUGAUUCCUCAGUAUGAGAAAGUUAUCAUGAACUUCACCAAGGAGAUAAAACAGCAGAACUCAGAGAUGGAGAACCUGGCACUCGCUAUUAAACGAGCACAGGACCAAGCAUCAAUGCAGCUCAGUGAGAUGGAGGAGGAGAUGGAUCAACGUAUACAUGGUGCAGAGAGAAAAACACGAGAGCAGGAAAAGAGGCGAGCAGAGACGGCCCUGAAUGAAUUACGAAGAACUUAUGAGACGGAAGUCUAUGAGCUGCAGUGUAAGGUCCAGAGAAUGCAGAUGAUUGAAGAGAAGUACAAGAACAUCACAGUCAAAGACGAGAGCUCAGCUCUGAAGAAGAAGAUCAAUGAGCUGACGCUGGAGAACCAGAGGUUAAAACAAGAGCUGCUGAAGUCCCAAACUGAAGUGGCUUUUCUGCAGAGUGAGAUGGACUCGCUGAAGACGGAGCUGACCGAUCAAAGCAUGAACUCUGAACGAGACGAGGAGCUCAUGAAACAGUUCUCUGAUGAACGAGACAUCCUGGAGAGUCAGAUUGAAAUUCUGCAGACAGCUAACAGGAAGCUCCAUGACAGCAAUGAUGGUCUGAGGAGUGCUCUGGAGAAAGUAACAAGAUCCGGUAGUGGUGGUUCACCAGGAGAAAUCCGAGAGAGAUUCAGAAGUAAAAGCAUCUGCUAUUCAUCACCACAUGCUUUACUAGAAAGGGUCAGUGAGCGCAUCAACGACUUAUCUCCAUUCAGCCGUCAGCCCAGCAGUGACACUCUGGCUCUGGCCAUCUGUGACCCGGGCCUGAGGCGCAGACACAGCAGUGACUGUGAGGAAGACAGCCUGCCGGAGGUCUCUGUGGACAGCGGCCUGUCGACUCUCAAACGCUCCCAUGAAGGCUACGACUCAGAGCAGGAGGUCAAGGGUCAGGAAGAGGAGAAAAAGGAGGAGAUGAAGUCGGUAGAGGAUGACAACAAUGAUAGUUUGAUGGGAGAAAACUCGGACACGGAGCAGGCAGAGACGGUGGAUGCCGAGUCGGCGAUCGGGUCGGAUACCAGCUCCAUGUUGGAAUGGAAGCUGACACAGUCAAUAACCAUCCCUUCGUCAAGCACACCAACAACAAGGAAAACGCUGAGCGCCAUCAGUGUUCAGAGGCAGGACACUGACGGUGCUGACCUGGGCUACAUGACAUCAGAGAAGGCCUACAGGAUUGUAUUAGCUGGAGAUGCAGCUGUGGGAAAAUCCAGCUUUCUGCUCCGCCUCUGCAAAAAUGAAUUCCAACUCAAUUCGAGCGCUACACUGGGUGUGGAUUUUCACAUGAAGACGCUCAUUGUGGACGGAGAACCUGUUUUGUUACAGCUGUGGGACACAGCUGGUCAGGAGAGAUUCCGCAGUAUUGCCAAGUCAUACUUCCGGCGUGCAGACGGCGUGCUGCUGCUUUACGACGUCACUUGUGAGAAGAGCUUUCUUAAUAUCAGAGAAUGGGUGGACAUGAUUGAGGAUGUCUCGCACGAAGAUAUUCCCAUCAUGCUCGUGGGCAACAAAUGUGAUAUGCGAAAAGAAGAAUUUAACUGUGUUCCCAUUAGCUAUGGAGAAAAGCUGGCCAUGACAUACAACACUCUGUUCUGUGAAACCAGUGCUAAAGAUGGCUCUAACAUCCUUGAAGCUGUGCUGCAUCUGGCCAGGCUGGUAAAAAAGCAUGCCACUUUUGAGGAAAAACGUCGUGGUCAGUCACUGCCCAGCUUAGACGCUCCGAGGACUAAACCGAAGCACCUCUGCUGCACCUGAUCACACUCACCAGACCUGGACCUCAAAAGGUGGACCAUCCCCAUCAACUCAGCACAGGAUUAAGAAAGACCACAAAUAGAGAAAACUGGAAAAUCAGAUAAAUAAACUUUUAAAUGACAUGAUUUAAUAUGAACGUUUUCAUCAGUAUGAACUUUAGAAUAUGUGAAUUCUGUUUAUCAAGCAUAUUUUUGCCUCUUUCACAUCUGGUUAAAAACUAUAAUGUAUGUCAGACUGCUUUUAGAAAAAAUUGUUAAGCUUAGUAAAAAGUGAAUCAUGCAAAUACAACGAUUUCUGUGGCCGUGAAGUUUACAAAGGGAGUUUAAAAAGUGUAUGAAAAAAAUUGCACAGGAUGAAAGUCAUGAGGUAAGCUAAUCAUGUUAUUACUGUGGAAAUAGAAGGCAGGUGAUACAAGAUCAAUCUCUCUUGUGAUAUAAAGUGGAGUAACUGCUUGUGAGUUCUGCCGUUUGAGGACAUUUGUUGAAAUUUGUGAUGUUUGGAAGGAAUCAGAGUGUAACUAUUGCUGUAAUAGAGGCUGAGGAUCAUGGGAAAACUAGACACCGAGACAGUAUUACUUUUUUUAACGUAGAGUUUGUACAUCUGAACAGUUAGUAGAUCAUUUGAGUUGAAAAAGAAGUAACAAAUAUGACACAUAAAUAAGAAUUCUAAUGUAAUAUUUUUCUUCCGACAAAAAUUGUUUGUUAAAAUGUGUGAAUGAGUUUAAACAUGAGUUCUAACCGAUGUUAUAUAUGUUAACCAUGUUAAAUAUGUAUUUAAUGAAAGACAAUGAAGGUUCAGUGGGCUUUAAAUAAAUAAUGAGGAUUUACAUCAUAUUUUGAACUCACAAUACAAUAAUAAAAUAAAAGUUCUGAAUAAAAGCAAAAAUAAAUACACUAUAUAAAAUA